UCCUUUUUAAUGCCACGUUGCCCUGUGUGUUGUAUUGUAUUGUAGUUACAUUAUUUUUGUUCAACUUCCACCGAAAACAACAGAUGCAAAAGCAUGGAUAAAAUAUUGUGUAUUUCAACUGUAAUUGUGGCCAUUUUUUAUCAACUUCUACCUGUAAAUUCACUGUCUUUUACAUUAUCGUCUGGGACGACAAAAUGUUUGAAGGAAGAACUCCAUAAAGAUGUCCUAGUGACAGGAGAAUAUCAAUUGUCCGAAGCAAGUCAAAAGACACAUUUGACGGUGACAGAUUCAAAGGGACAUGUUCUAUUUAAAAAGGAAGAUGCAACCAAAGGAAAAUUUGCUUUUACAACAGAAGAUUAUGAGAUGUAUAAAAUAUGUUUUCAGAGCGAAGGCAAAGCAGGUUCAGGAAUGGAUCGAGAAGUAUCAUUAGUAUUGAAACAUGGUGCAGAGGCAAAAGAUUAUGAUAAGAUGGCAGCUGUUGAGAAAAUGAAACCACUAGAAAUUGAGCUAAAAAGAUUGGAAGAUCUUGCUGAGGAUAUUGUCAAUGACUUUGCAUACAUGCGGCAACGAGAGCAGGAAAUGAGGGACACUAAUGAGUCAACCCAUUCACGAGUUCUCUACUUCAGCGUAUUCUCAAUGCUUUGCCUUCUUGGACUAGCAACAUGGCAAGUGUUCUACUUGCGACGAUUUUUCAUCGCCAAAAAGCUCAUUGAGUGAACGAACUUAGAAAACUGAAAUAUUAAACAAUAUAUGUUUGGAUAGGGUGUCAAGUUAUGGACAUAAAUUUAACAUUGCUCUGCCAUAAGCGAUUUCUUGCUUGUGUUUGACAAGUUAGGCUGUAGAACACAGCCUGGAAAAAUCUCAUAGCAAAUAUUUCAAAUUAUUAGUUUACGAAAUGGUUAUGUAAAUUUAAUUAUGAAAGCAUUUUUUCCUGAGUUUUGUACAGUUAUUUGACUGAUUUUAAUAUGGUUUCAUUGGCUUCACUAAAUUCUAAAAAAGCAAUUGGUAUUAUCUGCUACUGACUUGAGAAUAUACAAGGUGUAACUAAAAAACGUUUACCUUUAAAAUUAACGCUAUAGUUAUAAUUUGAAUGCGAAAGAUCUACUGUAAAAGCUAAACACAAGUGCUGUAGAGACGAACCAUCUUGUGCUGAACAACAAAAUAUUAAUUCUGUAAGGUAAACUAUUAUUGCACACCUUGAACUGCUAACAUGUUUUACAAGUUACCACUGUCUACUUUAGUUAUGCA